CUGAAGAAUAAGACAGGAGCUCGGACUUCGCUGUUGGCCAGAGAGACCUCCCUGCCGUGUGAAAGGCUCGGCCCAGCAUGUUAUCCUUGGGAGACUGAUGUCUUGACGGAAACUUCCAUCAGCCACGUUCGUGUUUGGUGAUAGCAAAAGCAGAUAGUGAGAUCAGCAGGCGCAUCGUUCUUUCUUGAUUCUCCUCUGCACGAUGUCGGUGCCGUCUUCCAUUGACGAUUUCUGCCAUAUGAAUGGUCUGUCCCGCUACAUCCCCAUCAUGCAUGAAAACGAGAUUGACCUGGACAUCCUGAGAGAUCUUUCAAGGGAAGACUGGAAGAGCAUGGGAGUCUCUAAUACGGACAUCGACGUGAUCAUCAGCAGUGCGAAGAAACUGCCUCCGGGUUCCUACCGGAAUUGGGGCAAGGGGGUUACUAUAGCUCAGGCGGUGAAAGAUGCUAUAGCGACAGGGAAAGAAGAGAAAAUGCAAGCGAAGAACCCAAGGCCUCAAGAGGAUCCGUCACCCAUCGUCAGGUUUGGGAAGUCAAAUCAAAAAUCAAACACUAAGAAAGAAGAAGCAAAGAAGGAGGACAAGUCAGUUGUUAAACCGAGGAUGCAUGUAGAUCUCUUGGAAGAGAUCGCUGUUGGCAAAGCUUCAAAACCAAGUACAGAGAUGGGAGCGAAGAUGGAGAGAGCAAAAGAACUGAUGGAUCGGGGAAAUGCUUUCAUGACAGGCAACCAGUGUGACAAAGCGAUUGAUUUGUUCCAAGAGGCUCAAAUGCAGAAUAGAUCGAAAGAGCAGAACACUCAGAAAGCGAGGUUGAGCGUAAAUCAAGCAAUGAAGUGCAUGAAGGAAAACAAGUUCGAAGCAGCAAUCGGACAUCUUGAAAUCGCUGAGUCGAUUUUCCUUGAAACUGAGGAGGAGGAGGCAUUGUCUGAAAUUCGGAAGCUCAAAGAAGAAGCAUCACAGAUGGACGUCUCUCAAGAGUGGCAAAUGAAACUGAAAGAGCAAGAGUCUAGGAUCAAAGCGAUAGAAAACGAGGCUAAAAAGCAUGAAGAGGAUCGUUGUGCUGCUGCCUUCCUCGGAGCUAAAUUUUUCAUCCUAGGUGGCACGAGCAAUAAGAGGAACUUGGAAUGGUGA